GAGAGUUUGUGUGUGUUUUGAUAUUCACCGCAGUUGUUUGUGAUGACACGUUAACGGUACCAGACCGGCAUCGUUCGCAUUGUCGCAUAUGAAACGAAAUAAUCAAACGCUUUGAAUUGCACGCUCGUGAGAAACUCGCCAACAAUUCGAGUAGCGAGUACGCGAUUCCAGCGAUGCAUGUGUUGGAGUAGUCGUUAGAGGCUCUGCAGUGCAUGCAGAAGAGAUAACAUACACGUGCGACAAGAGAAGGAAGUAAAAGUGAUAGAGUGAAAUUGUUUGGUGCCAGCGAGUGCAGUGCAAAACUAGUUUUUACUCCACUUGCCGGGUUAUUAGACGCCGUACAAACGCUGCACGAUUGGCACCCGGACGGAAGUUUGAAAGUGAAAGAGUGUGGUUUUGCAGCAGCGGGAUUUUGGAAGAACUUGGUGCGCUGAUCGACCACCUUCCUUGCACUAAAACAACAUGUUAGCAUCCAAAGGAAAACCUUUCUCGUUCGAUCAGACUGAGCUUAAUCCAUCCCGGAAUAAGCCGUCUAUACGACGAACGGUAAUGGAUGUGAUAGUGUUCUUGUUAACGUCCGUAGGAUAUAUACUGCAGGCAAUUUACUAUCAAAUAUUCGGCGUACCAAAGAAAGACUUGAACGGAGAGAUAGCAUUAGUGACUGGCGGAGGUGGCGGUCUUGGACGGUUGCUAGCCCUUCGACUCAUAAAGCUCGGCGCCAAGGUUGUGCUGUGGGAUAUAAAUCAGGAAGGGCUAGACGACUCGGUGAAGCUGAUCCAAUCCCUAGGAGGACUCUGCAAAGGAUACAAAGUGGACAUCUCGAACAAGGAAGAGGUGUACAAGUAUGCGAAAAUAAUACAGGAAGACAUUGGUGAUGUUACGUUACUCUUUAACAAUGCAGGUGUCGUGUCUGGUCGCGCCCUUUUAGACACUCCGGAUCAUUUGAUAGAACGAUCUUUUAGUGUCAAUGUACUUGCACAUUUCUGGACGACAAAGGCAUUUCUACCAGCGAUGUUGAAAAAUGACCAUGGACACAUUAUAACUAUCGCUUCUCUGGCUGGCCAUGUCGGUAUAUCCAAGCUGGUUGAUUAUUGUUCCAGUAAGUUUGCUGCGGUUGGCUUUGAUGAAGCAUUACGGUUGGAGCUUGAACAUCUUCGGGCUCAAGGUGUUUUCACGACAGUCAUUUGCCCAUAUUUUAUACAAUCGACUGGAAUGUUCGACGAUGUAAAUUCUAGAUGGGUUCCCACUCUGGAUUCGAAUGAUGUGGCAGAUAAAAUCAUUGAAGGUGUCCAGAAAAAUGAGAAGUACGUAAUCAUUCCCGGAUAUUUGCGCUUAAUGUUGGCCAUCAAAUGGAUAUUUCCUUGGGGAUGCAAUUCCGGAUUUUUGCGACGUUUGGUACCGGACGCUGCUCCGCAACACAGUAUGAUACCGUUAAGUAACCCGGAAUGCGAUACCACAAAAGAGAUGGCCAAUACGUUUGCCAGUGAUAAUAAUAAUACUACAAAAUCGUCGCCCCUCCUUGUCCACAGACAAUGCACUGGCGAACGUGUGCUAUAAACAAAUGGGAACUAUGCGAUUCGUUAACGAAUGCGUAGCCAACCAGCGAGUGGAAGAUGAAAAUCUUUUAAACGCUCAAUCCUGGAUCAUUGUAUCUGUUAGCCAUUGUCAGAACGAUUCCAUUUAGCUUAAGACGUUACCAGACUAUGCUGGAUAUACCCUGGGUGAUUUCGAAUAAGAAGUGAGAAAAAACAGUGAUGCACAGGAAUUGGAUGCGUUGAUGUGGCAUGCUGUUAAAAUGCUGGUUUAACUGGUUAGUUGUAUUAAUUAAUUUGGGGGGAACAGUUUGCUAAAUAGAGAUGCAAGAUUUGUAAAAUUACAAAUGAGGAUGAGGGCAUGAGGAUUUUCAGUAAAGUACGGGUAUGCAUCACUACUUGCCCUGUUGUUAAUGUUAGAAUCGUGAUUAUCUGCGACUUUAUUCUAGUGUCGUGUGAAUCCAAUCUGUUCCGAU